AGGGCCGGAAAAUGGGCGAAGUUAAUGUCGUAGUGUUGUGUACCUACUGUUGACUUUUUUUCUCAAUUUUUGGAAUCAGACCUACGUUUACAAAUAAAAGUGUUUUAGGUGGCUUUCACAACGUGGGUGGUGUUUGUACGGAUCUCCAAUUACAGUAAAAUAUGACUCGCUGCAUUUGUAUGGUGUCGGAUUUCUUUUACCCCAAUAUAGGAGGUGUGGAAGAACAUAUAUUUAAUCUUUCCCAGUGUUUGAUGAGUAACGGAAAUAAAGUUGUUGUGAUUACGCACAGUUAUGGAAAUCGCAAAGGAGUACGGUACAUGUCCAAUGGCCUAAAAGUGUAUUAUAUUCCUAUUAAAGUUAUGUAUAAUCAGUGCGUUUUACCGACAUAUUUUUGCAAUAUUCCAAUAAUUCGCUACAUUUACAUUCGUGAAAGGGUCGAUAUUGUGCACAGCCAUUCAGCCUUUUCAACUUUAGCCCAUGAAGGCUUGUUGGUGGGAAAUCUAAUGGGAUUGAAGACAGUAUUCACCGAUCACAGCCUGUUGGGAUUUUGUGACGUGAGCUCCAUAUUAAUAAACAUACUACUGACAAUGGCUUUAUCGGCAUGUAAUCAUUGCAUCUGCGUUUCCCACACGGGAAAAGAAAACACCGUUUUAAGGGCAAAUACAAAAAUCGACAAUGUGUCUGUUAUUCCCAAUUCUGUAGACACGCAGAUGUUUCAUCCAAUCCCAGAAUUACGCUCUAAAGACAACGUCACAAUUAUCGUUCUGUCUCGGAUGGUUUAUAGAAAGGGAAUUGAUUUGGUUAUACAAAUCAUAGAAAAGAUAUGUCCCAAAUAUCCAGAAAUUAAUUUUCUGAUCGGAGGUGACGGGCCCAAAAGAGUGUUACUAGAAGAAUUACGCGAACAAAGAGGGUUUCAUAACAGGGUUAGGUUACUCGGUACCGUUGAACAUUCAGAAGUAAAGUACGUUCUAAACAAAGGUCAUAUCUUUCUGAAUUGUUCCUUGACCGAAGCGUAUUGCAUGGCGAUAGUUGAAGCUGUUUCUUGUGGAUUACUGGUCGUAUCCACUAACGUUGGUGGAAUACCAGAGGUUCUUCCCAAAGAUUUACUGUACUUGACCAAACCUGAGGUACCUGAAUUAAUUAAGGGCAUUGAAUCUGCACUGCAUGUUGUAAAAAGCGGUCAAUUCGUUUGUCCAUACAAAUUGAACUUGAGAGUAAAAGGAAUGUACGAUUGGCGAAAUAUUGCCUCAAGAGUUGAAAAGGUGUACGACCUAAUUUCGUUUAAAAAGAAACGAACACUAAAGCAAACUUUUCAAUGUUACCUUUCAAGCGGUGUUUGGCCCUUUCUUGUUGUAGUAGCGCUUGCUCAUUUGAUGUUGAUAAUUUUGGAUAUAUUUGUGCCAAGGGAAAACAUAGACAUAUGUCGAAAUUAUCCUUCUGAAACACGCAAACAGAUCAAGAAGGAUUAAUUCCCUAAAUUGAUUUCAUACAUUGCAUACCAAUAGUCCUGUAAUUCCGUGUAAUUAUAUCUGUUAUUUUUACGUAUCCGUUCAAUUCUAUGUAUAAUUUCUUUAAUGGCAAAUGCAGAAUAUACAAAAUAGAGAUA